AUGAAUCGCGAAUACCCAUCGGACCAAGCUGAAAACGAAUCUGCGCUGUUCAACUACGACUCGAGUGUCCCCUCCCACACACAGCCUACUGAAUUCCACUUCACUGAGAUCCCCCUCCCUGGCCGUGACGACUUGGCCACCGGCGACCAGCCGAAUACUAAGGUCCCUAUCCCUCGAAACCCGCAGCCCAUUAGCUGGGCGAGCAGCAGUCGAGUCAGUCGGGCCUGCGAAAACUGCCAAGAGCAAAAGGCUAAAUGUAGCGGACACCGUCCCGUCUGUCUUCGUUGCAAGGAUGCUGGCCUCAGCGAUCUUACCGCACAGUUGGAAACCUACAAAACUCUCUUGAAAGACCUCUAUCCCAGACUAGACAAGCUGUCGGCCCGCCAUGUUGACCAGACUCUUAAGGAGUUUUCAGAUCCUUUCACGCCCCACCCUGAUCCCGAGGGCACGCCCUUCACCCUCGGGGCUAUCGACUACACUGAAGAAGAUUUUAACAGAGAUGAGAAACUCCAGGCCAUGGGGUUUGUGGGCGAGCACUCGGAGGUGGCCUGGUUGUACAGACUUAAACUGGACCUGGACCAAGACACCACGACACCGGUCCGCACCUCUUUCGAUCGCCCUUCUAUCUCGUCGGUCAACUACUUCCAAGAUGAGCUAGAAAUCCCUGUCCUCGACGAAAUAGACCUUUCGACCCGCCCUCCUCAAAACGUCGCUAGUCAACUCAUCAACGGCUACUUUCAUUCGGUGCACCCUGCCUUCCCGAUCAUUGGCAUGACCACAUUUCUUGGUCAAUGUAACUCCUUCUACAUGAAUCCCAACGUCCGGCCUGGCAAACGAUGGUUGGCGGUGUUGAAUUUGAUAUUUGCUAUUACAGCGAGACGUUUGCUGCUGAUGGGCCAUUCGCCCCACGCGGAGGCGGAUAGCCAUUUGGUAUACUUCACGCGGGCGUGGCGCCUCGGCAUCGACAAUCUAGCGUUGCUUUCACACCCGGACCUACAGCAGGUCCAAGUCGAGGGUUUAACAGCCUUCUAUCUUCUGUCCGUCGGACAGGUUAACAGGUCAUGGAGAAUUAUUGGUAUUGCGAUCCGAUCAGCCGUGACUAUGGGGCUCAACCUCCGUAGCGAGAGCUCUAUCAUUGAUCACCUUUCCAAGGAGAUAAGAUAUCGGGUGUGGUGGGCGCUAUUUAUGUUGGAUACCGUGCUAUGCGUGAUGACCGGCCGACCGCCCAGCACCAUUGAGUCCUUCUGCUCUACGCCUCUCCCGUUGCCGUAUACCGAGCAGGAAUUCAGCAAUGAGCAGAUCAUGCAGCUUAUCACGGAUCAAGAAGCCCGGAAUGUGUUGAUGUCUUCCCUGCUUUCCACGGAGCCCGCGAUUGUAGCCAGGGAGAGCCUCGUUAGUCACACCCGUUCCGCACAGUUGGACAGCAAAAGAAAGCAGGUCGAGCGGAAAGCUCAGACUCUUGCCCCAAAUGGUUCGCUCUACUUUUUGUACGCCGUGGACUUAGCGUUACUCACCCGCGAGGCCGUGGAAACUCUGUACGCGCCUCGAGCGAAGAGACGAUCAUGGUUAGAAACUGAAAUCAAGAUUUCUACCCUUAAUAGCAAGGCCGACAGAUGGCUUUCUCGUCUUCCGGCGGAAUUCCACUUCGUCGAACUCGAUACAUCGCGGCCUUUUGCUUGGGAGCGUGCCAGUCUAGCCUUUCGCUUCUACACCACCAAGCUAAUUAUUUCACAGCCCUGUCUUCGCCACCUUGCCAACUUACCCAUUGCGACCUUUCCCGGCGCUGUGUGCGAUACCAUGGCUGCUUUGUGUGUUCAAGUUGCAGGACAGAUUCUCGAUCUUCUGCCUGAUGAGGUAGACACAGCGUGGUUAUACGAGAUAUCCCCGUGGUGGUGUAUUCUUCACCACAUCAUGCAAUCCAGCACGAUACUUUUGAUCGCGCUAUUCACGCGAAUCCGGCCCAUCAUAGCCAAUGCGGACAAAAUGGCAGAGAGGGUAAAGAAAGCCACUCGGUGGCUGAACAAAAUGUCAGCCAAUGAUACCUCCUCUCAGCGAGCUUGGCUCAUCUAUAAGGAUCUUCUCUCGCGCCACGCCUCUAAACUUGGAAUAGAAGUUGACCCUGGGCUUUGUCUAUGA